AUGGACCCGGACAACCCUGGCGCGUCCUCAUCCGCGCCCGAUCCCGGCAGGCCCUCCUCUUCUUUCCCCUCCUCCUCUCCCUCAUCUUACUCCACGCCGCCGCUAUGGCAGCCCACUUCAACUCCUCCCACCACCUCCCAUGAUCCCUCCUUCAUAGAACCCGCCCCUCCUCUGCCCUCCGUCUCCGACAUGCCUCCGCCCUCCACCCGGCGCCGCAACAGAGGCUUCUCUCUCCGCACCCAGCUCUUCAACCGCCAGCUCGAGCAGCAUGUCCCCUCCCCCAUCGAAAUGGUCGACACCUCUUUCGCCUCGCAGCCACCUCCGAUCCCGGCCUCCUUCGACCCCCCAGACUACUCCUCCUCCGCUCCCCACCCCGACCACAACUCCUCCCUUCCGCACCCCGACGACUCCUCACACACCCGUCCCUCUCUGCAUGCUGACAAUUCCUCCCUCAUCGGUCAAGACAACCUGCACGUCCACGACCCAAAGUACGUCGCCAAGAUCUACCCGACCGAUUCAAACACCACCGCCUCGCGUCUCGCCCACUACUCCGCCCGUCUGCGCCCGUCCGUCCGUCGGAGGUUUGGCGGAUCCCGCGUCGAGCGCCUCUACCGGCGCCUUGCGGAUUUCAUCAUGCAGCGCAACCAGAUCCCGCCGUCCAAGAACGGCCGGUGCAUACCUCUCGCUCUCGGUAGUACCACCCCAUUGAUCGAUGAACGUACCUCGAAGCCCUACGUCAACAAUGCCAUCGUCUCCUCCAUCUACAACCGCUACAACGCCUUCCCACUACUUUUGUUUGCUCAAUUUUCUAAAUUGGCUAAUGUCUACUUCCUCGUCAUAUCGAUCCUCCAGAUGGUACCCAACUUCUCCACAACCGGUACCUACAACUCCUUCGCGACUUUUAUGUUCUUCACCCUUAUCACCAUGGCCCGUGAAGGCUUUGACGACUGGCAACGCCACCGCCAAGACGCGUCCGAAAACAACAAGGAAGCACUCGUCGCCGCUCGCGACUACAACGCUGAAAACAACCGUACCGUCGUCUGGAAACCCGUCAAGUGGCUCGAUAUCCAGGUCGGUGAUAUCGUCAAGCUCGAGCGCAACGACUGGAUCCCCUGUGAUUUGGUCGUCCUCCACGCAAACGGCAUGGGUGAUCUGGCCUAUGUCGAAACCGCAGCCUUGGACGGCGAGACAAACCUUAAAGCCAAAACCGCUCUUCCCCAACUGGCAGAGAUGUGUGCUACCGACGAGCUCAUUGCCAGCUCAGACAUGGGUGCGGAUUUUGUCGUCGAGGAUCCUAAUCCUGAUCUGUAUAAUUUUGAAGGAAAUGUCACUGUCAAAGGUACAAAGUACUCUCUCUCAAGCGACAACGUCAUCUACCGUGGCUGCAUCCUGCGCAACACUCCCCGCGCCGUCGGCAUGGCUAUCUUUUCUGGUCAAGAAACCAAGAUCAGAAAAAACGCUACUCAGGCCCCGCGCGUUAAAGCUCCACGGCUGCAAACUAGAAUCAACCGGAUCAUUAUCUUUAUGGUGUUCUUUGUAGCCUUCAUCUCCACAUUCUGCACCGUCAUGGAACGAAAAUGGGUCAACAGAAACAGCGCGAUGCCUUGGUAUCUGCCCUCGGACGAUAUCGAACUCGUCAACCUCGUCUUUGGCUUCAUCAUCAUGUUCAACACCCUCAUUCCCCUUUCUCUAUAUGUCUCCAUGGAAAUCGUCAAGAUCGGCCAACGCAUCAUGAUCUCCUGGGAUAUAGACAUGUACUACGAGCCCACAAACACCAAAUGCGACCCUCAUACCUCAUCGAUCAACGAAGAGCUCGGUCAGAUAUCCUACAUCUUCUCCGACAAGACCGGCACUUUGACCGACAACGUCAUGGUCUUUCGCAAGAUCUCGGUGGCUGGCCACGCAUGGCUGCAUGACCUCGACGUCAAGCAAGGUUUUCUCGAAGAAGAGUUUCGCCGGAGCAAAAGCGGGACGUCAAAUUACAAAGACGAGGAAGAGCCUCAAGUGCUCGGCCGUCGGAGCAGUUCAAUGCUACCUUCAGCAUUCAAAAGAGUCGCCACGAUGGAGUCGAUGUUGUCGAGACAGCUGUCGACGAAAAAGUCAAUGAGCUCUAUUCGAACGUCGGGUAGCAAGCGAUGGAGGUCGUCGGCGUUUGCGGCGCCUUCAGUACAUCACGAUGGAGCGACUGCAGCAAUCACACGGUCUACAGUCGAGUUGCUGAAAUAUAUCCAGCUCAAACCCAACAGCCCGUUUUCGAUUCGUGCAAAGUUCUUUUUGAUGGCGAUCGCGCUGUGUCACACCUGUAUCCCGGAUCGGUCGGACGAGGACCAGGCAGAGGCUCCUAUCGAUAUGGAUGAGUCGGAAAUCUGCUAUCAGGCGUCGUCGCCGGAUGAGCUUGCUCUCGUCCGGGCCGCGCGCGAUCUUGGUUUUAUUGUCGUCGACCGGCAGUUCAAGACUGUGACCGUGCGGACUUAUCCAGAAGGGUCUGAUAACGACUGCAAGACCGAGACAUUUGAGAUUCUUCAGACGGUAGAGUUUUCUUCGACGCGGAAGCGUAUGUCGAUCGUACUCAGAUUUCCGGAUGGGCGUGUUUGUUUGUUUUGCAAAGGAGCCGACACAAUCAUUUUCGAGCGAUUGGCGACCUCGAAAAUGGCGCAGGAAAAGCAAACUGAAGUUCAGCGGAAGGCGACCUUGCGACGACAGAAGGAGGCGUCGCGCGCGAUUGCUGUUCGUGACAGUAUUGACUUGCAGCGACGGGAUUCGGUUGCGUCGCAGAUUGCGUCCGCGCGGCCGAGCAUUAGUCUCCGGAACCGAGAGAAUCUGGACGAGUUUCUGACUAGCAGUGCGCACCCCGAGAAUGUGAUUGGAGAUUUUCCGCGAUCGUCUGUCGAUGUCGAAAUUACAUCUCCGGUGGUGGCGGCGGCUAGUUCGUCGGUUGCGGACGCGUUUGAGUCUGCCAGUCCGGUGAUUGCGAGUCUUGUUGCGGCCGAGAAUGCGGCGGCUACGAGUGCGUUGCUGCAGAGUAUGGUUGACGAAAGUGUUGCGCUGAGUAACGAGGCCGUGCUUGAGAAGACGCUGAAUCACAUUGAUGAGUUUGCGACCGAAGGUCUGCGUACGCUUGUAUAUGCGCACAAGUUUAUGAGCGAGGAUGAGUACAAGACAUGGGCCAAGAUCUACACGGAUGCGGUUACGAGUCUCGAGAAUCGAACGGAGAAGAUCGAGGCGGCCGGAGAGAUGGUCGAGACCGGGCUCGAGCUUACGGGUGCGACUGCGAUUGAGGACAAGCUUCAAAACGGAGUACCUGAAGCGAUCGACAAGUUGCGCAGGGCCGGCAUCAAGAUGUGGAUGCUGACUGGUGACAAGCGCGAGACUGCGAUUAGUAUUGGACAUUCGUGCCGGUUGAUUCACGAUUACUCGACGGUGAUGAUCCUCAAGUCUGACGACCGCGAUAUGGUCAGCAAGAUGGCAUCGCUUGUGCUGGAACUUGAAGGAGGCAGUAUUGCCCAUUGCGUUGUAGUAGUCGAUGGUGGCACACUCAGCUAUAUCGAAAAGGAUAUGACGCUGAUGUCUCUGUUUAUGGAUCUCGGCGUGAAGGCUGAUUCGGUGAUUUGCUGCCGAGCGUCUCCGUCGCAGAAAGCGCUGCUGGUGACCUCUGUGCGGUCGCGCGUCAGUGAUGCCGUUACGCUGGCGAUCGGUGACGGAGCGAACGAUAUUGCGAUGAUCCAGGCUGCUGAUGUUGGUAUUGGUAUUGCCGGAAAGGAAGGUCUACAGGCAUCUCGCUCGUCUGACUUUGCAAUCGGGCAGUUCAGGUUUUUGCUAAAACUAUUGCUCGUGCAUGGGCGUUGGAACUACGUGCGCCUGAGUAAAUACGUUUUGGCUACGUUCUACAAGGAGUUUUUCUUUUAUUUGACGCAGGCCAUCUUCCAGCGGUUUGCAAUGUACUCUGGCACUUCACUUUACGAAUCGGUGUCGCUUACGAUGUACAACACGCUGUUUACGUCGUUACCGGUUAUUUGUCUUGGAGUUUUCCUUCAGGAUCUGAGUCCAGAGACGUUGAUUGCUGUGCCAGAGCUGUAUUCGACGUCACGGCUGAACAAGCACUUUAAUUUAAGGAUUUUUGUUGGCUGGAUGGCGGUGGCGAGUUCGCAGGCGGUGCUCGUGACGUUUACGAUGUUUUAUACGUACGCGCUGGUUUAUCCAAAGGAUAAUAACUUGUAUCCGCCCGGUACGUUGAACUUUGCGGCGAUUAUUGCGGCGAUUGCGAUCAAGCUGAACUUUGUGGAGAUGCAUAACCGGACGGUGCUCUGUCUUGGGUCCAUAAUGAUAUCAGUGUUUGGGUGGUUUCUGUGGACGGUCAUGUUAUCGCUGCUGUAUCCGUUCAAGGUGUCGCUCUAUGUUGUAAAGGGAACAUUUAUCCAUACCUUUGGACGGGAUCUGUCGUGGUGGUCGACGUUUUUGCUGUGCACUGGAGUUGCGGUUGUGUUUGAUAUGAUGCUGGUCGUGUUGCGAUCGGCAAUCAAGCAAUCGGACACGGACGUGUUUCAGCAGAUCGAGCAGGAUGAAGCGCUGCGAGAGCGGCUGGAGUUGGAUUGCGAGAUGGAGUUAUCGCAGAGCUGGCAGGCGGAGAAGAAGCGGCAGAAGCAAGCGCGCGAGAAGGCGCUGUUCGAAGCCGACAAGCUUGCGGAAGAGCUGGAGGUCAGCGAGAUUCUAAAGAAGCGCGGGUUAGAGACCAAGCGACUGUCUAUGAUUUCCAAGGCCGACUCUGCGGAUUUCUCUAGCGGGCCGGACGAGCACACGGCCGUGCGGUAUUCGUUCCACGGACCGGAGAGGGUGAGCAGUCCGGUGGCGGAAGGCGGGCUGAAGAACCGACGGCAUGCGAGCUCGGGAAGUAAUCCGGAAGUGCAGGAGAGCGCGCGCAAGGUGCGGCAUAACGUGCGGUUUAGUUCGGAUAUAUGA